GGCGGCGCUCAGGCCCGGCCCGGCCCCGCCCGAUGCCCAUGAGCGCGAACACCAUGAUCUUCAUGAUUCUGGGGGCGUCGAUCGUGAUGGCCAUCGCGUGCUUGAUGGACAUGAACGCGCUGCUGGACCGAUUCCACAACUACAUCCUCCCGCACCUGCGGGGCGAGGACCGCGUCUGCCACUGCAACUGCGGCCGGCACCACGUCCACUACGUGAUCCCGUACGACGGGGACCAGUCGGUGGUGGGCGCUUCGGAGAACUACUUUGUGACGGGCAAUGUGACCAAGCAGGAGAUGGACCUCAUGCUGGGGUUGCUGCUAGGCUUCCUCAUCAGCUGGCUCCUGGUGUGGACGGACGGCGUGCUGCACCGUGCCGCGCGCGCCUGGAGGGCCGGCCGGCACCACGAUGGCUCGUGGGCCUGGCUGCCACGGCUGUGCAGUCUGCGGGAGCUGGGCCGGAGGCCACACAGGCCCUUCGAGGAGCCAGCCGGGAACAUGGUGCACGUGAAGCAGAAGCUCUACCACAACGGCCACCCCAGCCCGCGGCACCUGUGAGCCGCGCACGGGACUCUCGGGGCCACUGUGCAGAUGCAAAAGGGACCUUGUGGACGCCCACCCAGCUGGAUGGGACUGCGGCCUCAAGCCCAGUGCGUCCUGGGCUGUGGCCAGCUGGGUUAUGGCCAGUGGGCGUGUCCAGCAGGUGCUGUCUCCUCUUUUUAUAAAGGGUGUUGGGUGGGGGCUGGGGUGGGGCCGGCCACCAGGCCUCCGGGGCAGCAGCCUGACCACAACAGUGGGCAAAACACAGAGCCAGGCUCUGCUAAGGAGGGGCUGGGGCUGCGGGUGGAGGGGCAUCGGUAGGAACAGGCCUGGCCUGCUUCACACCAGCCUGAGGCCUCAUCGGGUAGAAUACUGUUUCCUGUGCACCUGUUGUCCAUCUGGGAGAGGCAGCAGGGUCUGUGCCCAUCUGCACAAGGGAGCAUGUGCAUGGGG